CGUUCUAGAUGCCAAUGCUCGACUCAACUCCUCCACAAAAAGCUGAUCGAAAUAGAGCAUCCUUCUUGCUAGUGCAGAGCAGAUCGCCUGCUCAAGUUGGUUUUUGCUCUAUAUUCCACUCUCUCUCUCUCUCUCUCUGGAUUCUGUGCAUGGCGAGGCUGCAGCAGUAGAAGGCGGUUUCGCUCGAUUCUUUCGCCCGAGAAAAAAGCGAUCUUUGCAUCAGCUCAACGAGGGGUGACCGACCGUCUGGUGGGGUAAAACAAAUAUGGCGGCAAGGGGAGGGGAGACGGGAUUGGAGGAGAGUGGGUGCAUCAGGGCGGCGUCUGAAGAGGUCUCUCGCCAAUUCGGAACCCUAGUGAACGCCGAAGAUGUUGAGUCUAUCAAGAAGCUUCAGUAUUUCAUAUUGGGAAGAUUGCAGGACAGUAAUGCAGUUCUUUCACACUUCAAUGAGUUCUCAGAACGGUGCUAUACUGAGGUAUCGGGUGACUUAACAAGAAAUGUUCGACUCUUGAAAUCCAUGAAAUCCGAUCUAGACCACAUCUUCAUGAAACUGAGCAGGAACAUCAAGGCAAAACUGAAGGCUGCACAUCCUGAUGCCUUCCCCGAUGAUUCAACUUCAAAGAUAAUUGAUCAAAGGCCUGACCUCGAGACGCCUCUUUGACUGACAUGGAUUGGCAUCUGGAACCCUUCUUUUAGAUUUCUUAUCAAGAAGAGAAUAGUUUGUAAUGACCAAUAGAUAGAAUGAUUGUUGUAGUGUUUAUCUUACAGUGAUAUUCGGUAUGUAUGAUGAAAUAUCUAAACUUUGCUCCUGCGCAAUGCUCAUUUAUAUGUUUCUUAUUUUCUUGUGCAGCACUAGAGUUCUUGCUUAUAUAUCAAUAGUAAAUUUUAUUCAUGUAGGAA